GAAAUUGAGUGGACCUAGUUUCAGCCCGCUAGCUCAGUCAUUUUACCUACUCCCUUCGUCUUCCUCAGUCUGGACUCUGGAAUCGUUUUCUUAUCCAGAAGCUUUUCCUUUUGACAAAUCCUCUGUUUUAGUGGUUGAAAUAGAAAGUUGUCUGUUUGAUAACUUGUAAACGGAGUUCCUGGUCUCUUUCACAUAAUUUUCUGUUCUUGUUGAGAGAGAGAUGAGCGCCGAAUGCGGAGUAGUGUGUGUGACGGGUGGGUCGGGUUACAUCGCCUCAUGGAUCAUCAAGCUCUUGCUGGAACGUGGAUAUACAGUAAAAACCACUGUUCGUGAUCCAGAUGACAAAACGAAGACCCAGCACUUGCUUUCCCUUGAUGGCGCAAAUGAGAGGCUUCAACUGUACAAAGCAGAUCUUACUGCAGAAGGGUCUUUCGAUUCUGCUGUUGAUGGAUGCCAAGCCGUCUUUCAUACUGCUUCCCCUGUUCUUUUUCAAACUAGCAACCCACAGGCCGACUUGAUUGACCCGGCAGUAAAGGGCACACUCAAUGUUCUGAAAUCAUGUGCGAAAAUGCCUUCUGUCAAGAGAGUUGUUCUUACUUCUUCCAUGGCUUCAGUAGUUUGUAAUAGGAAACCUCUUUCCGCUGGUGUUGUGAUCGACGAGACUUGGUUUUCUGAUCCAGAAUUUUGUGCAAAAUAUCAGCAUUGGUAUAUGCUCUCAAAAACUUUGGCAGAGGAGGCUGCCUGGAAGUUUGCUAACGAGAACGGGAUCGAUCUUGUUGCGGUUAACCCGGGGUUCGUAAUUGGUCCUUUCCUGCAGCCAUCUGUUAAUUUCACAGUGGAGGAGGUUCUGAGGCUUAUAAAUGCAGGAAAUCGAGCAUUUCCAUCAGAUAUCUUUAGAUUUGUCGAUGUUCGAGAUGUGGCGAAUGCACAUAUUCAAGCAUUUGAGGUCCCAUCAGCUAGUGGCAGAUGCUGCGUUGUUGGAAGCAUGGUUCACUACACCGAGGCUUUGAAGAUUAUGCAUGAACUUUACCCUAAUCUGCCACUAUCUGGAAAUUGGGAAAACUAUGAGACAUUUCAACCCCAAUGCAAGAUCUCCCAAGAAAAGGCCAAGAGCUUGGGUGUCAACUUUACUCCUCUGGAGGUGAGCCUUAGGGACACCGUAGAAUGUCUGAAGGAGAAAGGUUUGGUCAGCUUCUGAACCGCUUCUGUUGUAUUCUUUAUGAUUUAUGGAACUGUCGUGUUUGGGCUCUGCAAGUUACAUGAUAGGUCAUUGUAUCAGAUGUGGAUAGAUCAUAUAGCCAUCCCAUUUUGGAGAAUGUUUAGGUGCAUUGGAUGCAAUGUGAUGUUUCACUCUUGUAUUUGUCGCCAACUGGUUUUAUAUUGAACAGUCAAUCGAUUUUGUGACUACUGGUUGAUGAGAACAUAAGGCCGAAUAGUAAGUAGAGGCUUCGUAGGAGUCCAUGUUGGCCAAGUGUCCUAGUAGGAUUAAGGACUAGCAAGGGUUGCGUAUUAGGUUUAGUCUCCUAUAUAUUGUAACUACGGCAUUAGUCCGAUUUAAUCAAUCAAUAAAAAAAUAGGUUUUUGAAACUUA